CCUAAAAACGACGUACCAGUGGCGGCGCCAUACAAACGUAUGUUUAUGUGUGUCGAGUAUUUUCAUUGUAAUAAGCUGUUGUAUACCUAAAAAAUGAGGUUUCGGGCUAAAAUACUGGAUGUGGGCUGUCUCAAUAGUUUUACACGUGUCGUUAAUACCAUCUCCAAACUGACCAAAAGCUGCACGUUGCGGCUCACUGCUGACAACCUGUACUUCAUGCUUUCUGACAAGGUAGCCAACGGGGGCGUCAGCAUGUGGUGUGAGUUAGACCAGGGCAACUUUUUUGAUGAAUUCCAAAUGGAGGGUGUGGCAUCGGAUGCAAACGAAAUAUAUCUGGAACUUGUUCCGGAGAACCUUUCCCGUGCUCUCAGAACAGCCCAGAAUGCCAAGUCCCUGAAGGCGAAGCUGACGAAGAAACAUUGCCCUUGUUUGACUCUGGCAGCUGAGUUGCCAUCUCUGUCCAGCGUCAGCCGAGUCGUCACACACGACAUUCCCGUGGACGUCAUUCCCAGGAAACUCUGGCAUGACUUCAGGGAACCCACUGUGCCGGAUUUCGAUGUCAGUAUAUACCUUCCUCCUCUGAAGACAAUGAAGAAUGUGAUAGAUAGGAUGAAGAACCUGUCAAAUUUUCUGGUACUAGAAGCAAAUCGAAGUGGCCAGAUGAAUCUGAAGAUUGAGACAGACUUGGUGUCCGUCUCCACUCACUUCAGGGAUCUGGGAAACCCUCCCUGGGAUGACGGUGGGUCCCAGGGUGCCAGUCAGGACCUGGAGACCAUGGCCCAAGCACGUGUGGACAUCAAGAAGCUGCAGCAGUUUCUGUCCAGCCAGCAGGUCAACCCCAGCAAAGCCAUGUGUAAUAUUGUGGACAAAAAGAUGGUUCACUUUGUCUGGCUACAUGAGAACGCGUCCCUUCAGUACUUCAUCCCAGCCAUGGCGUGAGGAGGGCGGCUGUGUUCCAGAUCUGCGUGAACAGAAAUCCAGUGGACAUGGAGUGAGAGAGUGCGGAUGUGCUUCCCCUGAGAACCAGGGCCUGGACGAGGAGGACGGCCUGCUCUUCUUUGGUGGUGCAUGGUGGAGAAAAAUGACAUUGCUGGAAUUCAACCUCCAGUAGAUGGCUGUAUUUCAGAGUGGCCUGUGUUUUAUACAGUCAAGUGUAUCACUCUGUCCAUUUUAAAACUGCUCAUUUAGAAUAUGAACAGCUGUAAGAACAUUCUAUUAAAUGUGUUUCUGGCGUUGGGUAUUUAUCUGAUCUACGAAGUGUUUGUUGACAGGAGUUCAGGGAUACGUUUUCUGUUAAUGGGUUUUUUGCUUUACUAUCACAGAAAGAGCUACUUUGUGCACUUAAUUAAAUACGUUUUUUGACAAGUGA